CUCACCCUACAGAUACUCUUCCGGCUUACUGGAGAGGUUCCUAUAAGGUGUCAGGACGUGGCGGUCUAUUUCUCCAUGGAGGAGUGGGAGUAUGUAGAAGGACACAAGGAUCAGUACAAGGAUCAGGUCAUGAUGGAGGAUCAGCAGCCCCUCACAUCACCAGUCAGAUCCAGUAAGAGAACAGCACCAGAGAGGUGUCCCCGUCCUCUUCUUCCACAGGAUGAUCAGGGAGAAGGUCCAAACAAUAUUAAUGCUCCAGAGACACAUGUGAGCUGUGAUGAGAAGUAUAAGGAGGACAUUCCUAUAGGGAAAGAGUUCAUCUAUAUUAAUGCUACAGACAUAAGGAAAGAAGAAGAGACAGAUUUGAGCAGUGAUAAGCAGUAUAAGGAGAACAUUCAAACAGAGAAAGAUCUGAUCUAUAUUAAUGCUACAGACAUAAAGGAAGAAGAAGAGACUUAUGUGAGCGGUGAUCAGCAGUAUAAAAAGGACAUUCCUACAGGAGUAGAUCUGAUCUAUAUUAAUACUACAGACAUAAAAGGAGAGACAGAUGUGAGCGGUGAUGAGCAGUAUAAGGAGGACAUUCCUACAGGUAACCGCCUAGAUUCUUGUACCAGGAGAUCAGAGGAGAAUCUUAUAUCUUCAGAUUAUAAAGCAGAUGAUGAUAUCACACAAGAUACAUAUGAAGAACAUUCCAUUAUCCCAGAUACACCCUCAGCCCUUCACAGCCAAGAUCUGUCAUCUCAUCCUUAUAUACAGGUCCUGUCUUCUCAGUCAUCACAGGAUGUUCAGCAAAAUAAAGGUCACAGAAGGAAUGUUGGACAUCAACAAGCUCUUACAGUAUAUAAACCAUAUUCAUGCUCAGAAUGUUGGAAAUGUUAUACUUCUAAAUUCGAUCUUGUUGUACAUCAAAGAACUCACACAGGAGAGAAGCCAUUUUCAUGCUCAGAAUGUGGGAAAUGUUUUACUUCUAAUUCAGGUCUUGUUCAGCAUCAAAUAACUCACACAGGAGAGAAGCUGUUUUCAUGUUCAGAAUGUGGGAAAUGUUUUACUAUUAAAUCAAGUCUUGUUAGACAUCAAAUAAGUCACACAGGAGAGAAGCCAUUUUCAUGUUCAGAAUGUGGGAAAUGUUUUGCUCUUAAGCCAACUCUUUAUAAACAUCAAAUAACUCACACAGGAAAGAAGCCAUUUUCAUGUUCAGAAUGUGGUAAAUGUUAUACUGAGAAAGCAACUCUUGUUUACCAUCAAAGAACUCACACAGGGGAGAAGCCAUUCUCAUGUACAGACUGUGGAAAAUGUUUUGCUAAGAAAUCAAUUCUUCGUGAACAUAAACGAACUCACACAGGGGAGAAGCCAUUUCCAUGUGCAGAAUGUGGGAAAUGUUUUACUCAACAAUCAAGUCUUGUUAAUCAUAAAAGAACUCACACAUGAGAGAAGCCAAUUCAGGGCAGUAAAUGAUGCAGAUAACACAUCUAU